AUGGCUCUGACUACUGCCAGAGUUAAUGACAAGAAGGAACCAAAUGUUAAAGUGCCAAUGGCUGACUCGAGCAAGCUUUCUCUUUCCACACCAGGGUCCGGUCAGGACAGCCCGUCGGGCCGUAAUACUUCCUUUAAGCGAUUCGGCGGUGACAGCUCGUCGCUGGGAAAGAACCCAUUUGCUUCCUUAACACCGGGCGGCAGCCUGGUGUCUCCUACGACCAACGCAUCCAGCGCCUUUGGUCUAGGUUCGGGCGCCUUCGCGUCGUUCGGCAGCUCGUCGUCGGCGAAGACGCCCAAGACGCCCGGGAAUCCGUUCGAUUCGGCCCUGGGCUCUGCCGCCAAGACCAAUACUUUGUCAACGGCUGAGAAAUCAGCCAAGGACGGAGCUUCGUCUUCCAGCGGCGGCAACGGCAGCGGGGCUGGUAGCAAGGCCAUUAGCAAGCCGGCCUCCAGCGCUUCGCUGCGGGAUACUUCUGCGCCGAAAGCGGCGGCCGACCCGAAGCCGACGGCGGGACCGACGGCCCACCCGCUGCGCAACAAGUGGGUGUUCUGGUUCCGGCCGCCCAUUUCCAAAGCGAACGGGUACAUUGAGUACGAGAAAACUCUGCACCCAAUCGCUGCGAUCGAGACGGUUGAGCAGUUUUUCCAGAUUUACAAGCACCUGAAGCGCCCCUCAUCACUGCCUCUGGUGUCAGACUACCACCUGUUCAAGAAGGGCAUUCGUCCAAUAUGGGAGGACGAAGAGAAUAAGAACGGUGGCAAGUGGGUAGUGCGCCUGCGUAAGGGUGUUGCUGACCGUUAUUGGGAGGACCUGCUGUUUGCCAUAAUCGGCGACCAGUUCGGCGACGCCAGUGAUGAGGUCUGUGGCGCCGUUCUUAGUGUUCGCAAUGGCGAAGAUAUCCUCAGCAUCUGGGCCCGCGCUGACGGGCAGCGGGUCCUCAAAAUUCGUGAGACGAUGAAGCGGGUCCUGGCGUUCCCCCCCGACACAAAGCUCGAGUGGAAGAGCCACGAUACGAGCAUCCAGCAGCGCAAUGCGAUCGAAGAGUCGCGACGCGAGAAGGCAAAUAACCACCAUGGUCGGCUGACCAAAAAUAAUCAGCACCAUCACCACCAGCAGCACAACUCCCAGCAGCACCACUCCCAGCAGCACCAUCACCAGAACCAAAACCAGGCGGAGAACACCAACACCGCCACUGCGACAUAA